GGCCGGAGGCUGGCUGUAGGCAGGCGGCUGAGCCGGCGGCGGGUGGCCUGCCCAGCGUGUGCCGGGUGGCGAGGCGGGGCGGCAGCGAUGCUGUCUCUUCCGUGAGGAGCGCAGAGAAGGUCGCGGCGCCCGAGGCCCCAGAAGGCUCGAAGGCGCCGCUGGCUGGGGUCGGUGGCUUCGGGCGUCCGCCCGGCCAUGGUGGCCGCGGGCGGUGGUUGGCGCGGCUGCGCUGCGGCCCGGGGCAGUGCGGGGCCGGGACAGUCGCGGCGCUGACGCCCGCGGGCCCCAGCUGCAGAUAUGAAGCGGAGCCGCUGCCGCGACCGACCGCAGCCGCCGCUGCCCGACCGCCGGGAGGAUGGAGUUCAGCGGGCGGCGGAGCUGCCCCAGUCCUUGCCCCUGCGCCGGCGAGCGCCGCCCGGGAGGCAGCGGCUAGAGGAGCGGACGGGCCCCGUGGGGCCCGAGGGCAAGGAGCAGGAUGUGGUAACUGGACUUAGUCCGCUGCUCUUCAGGAAACUCAGUAAUCCUGACAUAUUUUCAUCCACUGGAAAAGUUAAACUUCAGCGACAACUGAGUCAGGAUGAUUGUAAGUUAUGGAGAGGAAACCUGGCCAGCUCUCUGUCGGGUAAGCAGCUGCUCCCUUUGUCCAGCAGUGUACAUAGCAGUGUGGGACAGGUGACUUGGCAGUCGUCAGGAGAAGCAUCAAACCUGGUUCGAAUGAGAAAUCAGUCCCUUGGACAAUCUGCACCUUCUCUUACUGCUGGCCUGGGAUAAGAGGAAGAACAAGAGAAUGUGGCUUCAUGGCAAGAAAAGUCUUCCAGGACAGAAGAGUGAAUGGUACUAUCAGGUGCUGCUGAGCAGUGGAGCCAAAAAAGAUAGGUGGACUAAAAAUGCAGUGAUGCUUCAUUACAAUGGCAUUAUACAUAACAUUGGCAGUGUGGCAAGAAUGGUUUAAACGGGGUGGUAAGGUCUGGGGAUAUUUGUAGAGUAUUGAAGAAUGAGUAGGAAGUGAGAAAUUAGAGAUGUUGGAUGUAGAUAACUCAUUCAAGAAGUGUGGUUGUGAAGGGAAAUAAAAUUGAUAAGGCAAUGUUUGAAGAGGGAUGUGUAGUUAUUAAGGGAAUUUAUAUCCUUUCCUCAAGCUGGAAUAGACUUGAAUGGGUUCAGAAUGCUAAUCAGGAAGAUCAUUAAGAACAUGAAGAGUCAAGAGAUAAUGAGUAGAUCAGAGAAGGCUGAAUGGAAUGGGCUUCACCUGAUAUUGUAAUGUAUUACCAGGUAUUACCAGCCUAGUUGCUAGAAGGUUAUGAGUAAAAUAAUUUAUGGUUAUCUAUCUAAAUGGGAGUACUCUUGCCUCAGCCAAGUUUCCUGAUUGUGUAGCUUUUCUCCCCAACCUGCUGUGAAUAUUCCCUGGGAAAAGGAGGCUUGGGAAAUCGUUGCUCCUUGGACUACCUUUAUGUGGUUGGAAGGCACUCUUGUUCCACCGUGCCUUAGUUGUCACAGAAUGUACUGAUCUGGAGUCCUGGGCAUCAAAUGCAGGCUUUUGUAUAGGUGUAAGGAAGUCGGAAGGGAUGAAUUUCCACAGAUGCAUUUCCAUGCCUCUAAACAAAUGCAGAGAGGGGCAUAUAUGCAUUUUACAAAAUUUUAUUAUUGUUAAGCCAAAACUAUACUCUACCAUGUUACCCAUUUAAACUAUUCAAGAAGUCAGAACUGUCAUGUAGAUUCAAAGAACAAAUAUUUCCAGUUUUAUAUAGAUUGUUUCAGAAAGUAGAAAAAGAGGAUAUAUUACCUUAGCACAUUUUAUGAGUGUCUUUGUCUGUUCAUGCUGCUGUAAAAAAAUACCACAGAUUGGGUAAUUUAUAAAGAACAGACAUUUAUUUUCUUACAGUCCUGGAGUCUGAGAAGUCCAAGAUCAAGGUGCUGGCAUUUGUGUGGCAAGUGCCUUCUUGCUGUUUCGUCACAUGGCGGAGGAUGGAAAGGCGAAAAGGGCUGAAAGCUGUAUGAAGCCUCUUUUUUCUCUUUUAAUUUUGAUUUUUUUGAGAUGAGGUCUUGCUCUGUUGGCUAAGUUGGCCUCAGAC